AACGCAGGAGAGUGACUUAUGCGCGUUCGUUAGUUUACCGACCGUGUUAGAGUAAGAUUUGUUUACAUAUUUAUAGCGCAAGGUUCGACUUUUUAGACAGUCACGUCGUAUUCAUGUAUUAUUCUACAAAACAGCAAUGGGCGAUUAAGUUAUAGAAAUAAGCUUAUGUUGGCAAACUGAAUGUCUGUCAGUCAGUUACAUUUGUCAGAAGUUGGCUAGUUCCAAGCUAGCAACUACGUAGCUAACGUUAGUACAGUGAGGAUAGGCUGCUAUUUAUUGCGAGCGCCUGCGGUGGGUUGUGGCCACCGAGAAAAACAUCACGUCUUGUCGAGCUGCUUUAAACGUGCAGAGAUUCACUUGUUUUGGACGCGAGAAGCUGUUCGAGAUAUCCCACCAUGGAUCCAUUUGACAGUAACAGUACAGAGCGAGCCAACCUGCCAAGGAACAUGAUUGAGAACAGCAUGUUUGAAGAAGAGCCUGAUGUUGUGGAUUUGGCCAAAGACUCCACUGCUUUUCCGACAUUUCCUGCUCUUGACCCAGAUGAGGUGGCGUAUGAGCCUCGUAGCUCGCGGUUGCUUGUGCGAGGCCUGGGAGAGAAUGACAUGGAUGAGGAUGAGGAGGACUGCGAGUCUUCAGCCCGUCUGCUGGGCAUGUCCUUCAUGAAUCGUAGCUCAGCUCACAGAUCCAGCUCUUCCCCUUACAGCAGACAGGCUCCACCCAGGUCAUGUUCAAGACCCUCAGCCCGUACCAUGGUUGUAUGUGUGUUAUUCCUGGUGAUAGUGGCUUCUAUGACCAUGGUACUGUAUUUCUUACCUGGAUGCACCUUUACCAAGACAGGUUGUCGUAAGGCGACCUUUGAGCCAGUCUACCCCGUGUCCACAAAUGGUGAACUCUUUCCCUGGGCACUGUUCCGGCUGCCUCAUAGCAUACGUCCUCUCAGCUAUGACCUCACCUUGAACCCUGACCUGGACAAUAUGAUCUUCACCGGCUGCACUGUUAUCAACAUGUUUGUGCUUCACAACACCAAGCGCAUUGUCCUGCACAGUGCUAAUCUCAACAUUACCAAAGCUACCUUCAAGCUGGGUGAUGGGGAGCCCAGUGAUGUGACUGUGCUGGAGUACAAACCCAACCACCAGAUAGCUGUUAAGUUCUCUGAGGAUCUGAAGGCAGGCCAGCACUGUGUUUUGACCCUGGAUUACUCAGCCAGCCUCUCACACACCUAUGAUGGUUUCUACAACAGCUCAUACAUUGAUAAAGAUGGAAACAAAAGGGUCUUGGCUGCAACCCAGUUUGAGCCACUUUCAGCGAGGAAGGCCUUUCCUUGCUUUGAUGAGCCAGCUUUCAAAGCCACCUUCCUGAUUAGGAUCAGCAGAAAACCAGACUUCUUGACUCUUUCCAACAUGCCUAAGGCUAAAACCACACUACUUCCCAAUGGCCUCAUGCAAGAUGAGUUUGAAAAGACCAGUGUCAACAUGAGCACCUACCUGGUUGCCUUCAUCGUUGCUAACUUCUCCCCAAUCAGCAAAAAUGUCUCAGAAACUCUGGUGUCUGUGUACUCUGUGCCAGAGAAGAUGGAGCACACCGACUAUGCUUUAGACACAGCCUCCAAACUGCUGGAGUUCUACAAUGAUUUCUUUGAAAUUAACUACCCCCUCAAAAAACUAGACUUGGUAGCCAUUCCAGACUUCCUGGCAGGGGCCAUGGAGAACUGGGGACUCAUCACCUUUAGGGAGACCAGCCUGCUGGUGGGCAAACAGUCCUCUCCUAUGGAAAAGCAAGUGGUUGCCUCCGUCACAGCGCAUGAGCUCGCCCAUCAGUGGUUUGGAAACCUGGUAACUAUGAGCUGGUGGAAUGACCUGUGGCUCAAUGAAGGCUUUGCCACUUACAUGCAGUACACAUCACUGCAGACAGUGUUGCCCCAGCUGGACAUUGGCAAUUUGUUUCUGGCAGUGCGGUUCAGAGCUUUGGACAAAGAUGCAUUAAACUCCUCCCACGCUGUGUCGACAGAGGUUAAUACGCCGGAACAGGUGGAAGAGAUGUUUGACUCGGUCUCAUAUGAAAAGGGUGCGUCCAUUCUGCUGAUGUUGAACGCCUCCCUGCCAGGCGACCAACAAUUCAGAAAGGGUAUCAUUCAAUACCUAAAACAGUUCAGUGGAUUUAACACGGACACUGAUGACCUAUGGAACAGCCUUACACAGGUUGAGGUCUCGACGCAGCACCAGAAUGUGUCAGAGAUGAUGAGCUCAUGGACGUCACAGAAAGGCUUCCCACUGGUUACUGUAAGCCUAAAGGGAGAUCAGGUGACCCUCACGCAGGAGCACUUUCUGCUCACGUCUGACAAUGCCACGCAUACUUCCAGCUUGUGGAAUAUUCCAGUGACGUACGUAAACGACAGCUGUAGUUUGGAUCCUGAGUGCAGACAGGUGUUCACUCUGAAGACCAAGUCAGGGACUUUUAAGCUGCCAGGAAGUGUAAAGUGGCUGAAGUUGAACUACAGAAACACAGGCUUCUACAUCGUCCACUAUGGAGACGAGGGCUGGGCUGCUCUUAGAGAGGCUUUGUCCAACAAUGUCAGUGUUCUUACACACGAGGACCGAGCCUCGCUCAUACACAACAUCUUUGCUCUCUCCAGACUGGGCCGUGUGUCCUUCCGUCAUGUCCUCAACCUGUUGAACUACUUGUCCAAUGAAACGGAGACUUCUCCUGUGACAGAGGCCUUGUUACAGCUCAACAAUAUCUACCGGCUGCUCGACAAAAGACAGGCGCACAGUCUUGUGGCCCGUAUGAAGAAUUAUAUCCUGAGUCAUUUUAGUUCUCUGAUAAACAAACAAACAUGGACAGAGGAGGACAGUGUGUCUAAACAGGAGCUGCGCUCGGCCCUGCUCGAGACAGCCUGUACUUUAAAUGAAGAAAGCUGCACUCAGCAAGCCAAAGCCCUGUUCAAACAGUAUGUCGAGUCCAAUGGGACCUCACGAAUCCCAGGCGAUCUGCAGCAAGUCGUGUUCAAUGUGGCUGGUCAGUCAACUGAGGAUUGGUUGACUUUGCACAACAUGUAUGGUCAUGUCACCUAUGAUUCAGAGAAGCGGAAAAUGCUGCGGGGCCUAGCAUCCACUCAGGACGUACGGCGUAUCGUAUGGAUUCUAAAGGAAGGUCUGAAGGGAGACCUUAUCCAGACACAGGAGUUGCCUUUGGUCAUCAGCACCGUGUGUAACGGCUUCGCCGGCUACUUGUUUGCCUGGGAUUUUAUACAAGAGAACUGGGACCGCCUCAUAGAGAAGUUUCCGGUGGGCUCCUUUGCCAUCCAGACAAUCAUCAAGUCUGCCACCUCCCAGUUAUCCACACAGGCACACCUCCAUCAGGUGCAGGGUUUCUUUUCCAGUCUAAAGGAGCGCGGAUCUCAGAUGAGGAGCGUGCAGGAAGCUUUGGAAACCAUCAGGCUAAACCAGCGCUGGAUGGACAAGAACCUGCCUACACUCCAAAAAUGGCUCUAAUACAGGCACUCCAUCCACUCUCCGCCCCACUAGCACUCAGCCGGGGCAUGUCGUCAAGACAACAGCAGUGUUUGCACUAUUAUAGGACUGUGUCUCUUAACUCCCUUUAUCCACGCCAGAGUACUAGUCAAUGCCAGAGGUUGUGCUCUGACUGGGUGGACAAGGUGUUGUGAUUUUUUGAGAUUGGUCCUGUGAGAUGUGUUUGCUAGCUCAGGGUGGCUCUGAUUGUCUGUCUGACAGGGAGUUGUCAGAUGCAAACACACACUCCUCACACUUUAUGCUGUCGACCAAACCUCUCCUCUGCAGCUCUCACCUAACCUCAUGCCUGAGCAGACAAUCAUGCUUCACCCACGCUCCUUUCGCUCAGCCUGCUCUCAGGCACUUAACUGUCUGACCUGUGUAAUGGCCACUUCAAAAGCGCAGGUAUGAAGAAUGUCAACAUUGCUGUCUAUGUAUGUAUUGUCAGUCAGUCCUGGACUUUAUUGGAUUUAUGUAGAUGCAGCUGUCAGGGAUUCUUCAGCCAGGAGAAGAUGAAAUUACCGGUACUUGAGAGAUGGAAUUAUUUUUAGGAUUAAAUUAUCGCUUUUAUCGCUGUGUUAUAAAAAUCUGUGUAGAAACAGUAGCUGUCUGCCAUUCUGAACUCUCGUUACUCAUGCAGCCUAAAGCAUUUACUAUAUUAGUCAUAGUUUGGCUCAAAGAGUGGUUGGUUGAUUGAUGGCUUAAAAUACCAAACUAGUGUUGGCAUUAAUUGAAUGUACUGAAAAACCUUCCCACUGUGUAAAGUAGACGGCGUACUGCACCACAGUGCAGCUUUAAAUCAACAACCAAUGUGUCUUAGGAGAGAGCAGGCAGUGCACACUGGAGCCUGAUGUUCAUUGUUUUUCCUUCCUUUCUCUACCAGUCAUAAACCCGGUUUAGCUUUGAUCAAUACGUUUUAUUUUGAUUGCUUUUUGUCUGCAGCAUAGUUACUGUACAGACUUAAACUCUGUGUGCUUGUAAACUUGUAAUUAUGAUGUAAAUAGGCUCAACCCCUCAAAAUUUCCCCUGCAAUUCUGGGUGUACUGUUUUAAACAUCUUGACUUUUAACAUUUUAAGAUUGCUUUGUGUUCUGUAUAUAGAGUGUAAAGGGGCGAUGUAUACAUAGAAUCUUGGUCAAAAACUUUAACUGUGUUUCUUAGAGGUCAUUUGCUGAUGAAUGUUUGUGUUUUAAGGGCUACCGUGCAUAUUGAAGAUACAAAGUGUAUAAAAGAACAUCUAUAUUGGGCGAGACUCAUCAGUCCAGUAAGCUGUUGCUUAUCAGCCAAAUAAAAAUACAGCAAGUUUAAAGUUACUCCAAUGUUACUGCAGCCGUUGCUCCUGAAAAUGAAGAGUAGCAUAGCUAUUUAUUGAGAGCGUCUAAAAAUGUUUCCCCAACUUUUGUUCCAAGAUUUUAUUUUUAAAUGUAGUUGCACACUUAUCCACUCCAUCACUUUCAUGAUGUUCAGUAUAACUGAGUAAACAUACUGCAGAUGUAGUCGUUUUCUUUGGACAGCCCUCACACCGUUGUGAGACUUGCAUUUCUGUGUUUGGCUGUUAUCUUCUUCUGAAGCCUCUUUGUCUCAGUUAUGUAAAAACUGUAUGUUCAUCAAAAGUAUGCCAAUGAUCCGUGUUCAGUUCUCAGUGCUUGGUGAUGUGUUCCAGUGAACAUAAUUAGUCCUGCGCAUGGGUGGGGAAGCUUUAAAGGGUCAUGUGUUUGUUGCUGCGCUAAUGGCUCCUACUGGUUGGUUGAAGUGGCAGUAAGGAGGGGUAGGAUCCAGGUGGGCAACAGACAGUGAAGCUCGGUGCAAGAAAAAACACACUAGAGACACCAUGUAUAUGAAAGGCAUGGCUGUCUACACCCUCUCCAGGUUAACAGUAGGGGUUAGCAGUAGGGCAGAUCACAGUACAGAGAAUUGUGCUUUCCAAACUGGGCAGAAAAGAUAAAGUAGUGUGAGUGUGUCAGUACUUUUUAGGAUCUCAUUGCAGUUCAGAUCUGUCUGGAGGUUAUCAACAGUAUUUCCACUGACUUGUGCCAUCCUGUGCAUCAUAGUUUCACAGACUAAUGUGUUAAGCUGGCAUUUGCCUUUAAAUUAACAUCCUGAACUUUUAUCUCCUGGCUAAUUGUGGAUCAUACUGUUUUAUUUAAAGUGUUGUCAGUUAAUGAUACUUUUUUUUUUCCUGCUGGCAGCAAUCAGAUGAGGCUCUGGGACACUGGUUUUCCACCAUGCUUUGGUUAGAAAAUAUGAAGAUGUAUGAAGUCAGUUGCAAUAAGCUUUCAUAGACACAUGUUGCUGUUGUCAUUCAGGUACAGGGUUCAGUCGAAGUCGUUCAUGUAGCCGGUCUGAUAGGAUUAUAGUAGAGUACCACAUGUGUGCAGUAAACCCAAUCAGAUUGUCUUUGUUUUUGCACUGGGAUGAACUGCUGCAGAUGCUUUUGAAACUGUGUUGCUCUUCAUGUCAACAAAUAAAAGUUGUUUUCUGAA